UGUCAUGUGAUUAAUCUGUCUGUGUGUCGCAGGAAGAAACAUCAGAAAAUAAAUAUUGGAUUGGGCAUCUAGUUUUAGAGACAAAAUGUUGGCCCUAUUUCAAAGAAUUCUAGAUUGGUUCAAAAGUUUAUUUUGGAAGGAAGAGAUGGAAUUAACUUUAGUCGGGCUCCAGUACUCAGGGAAAACAACAUUCGUUAAUGUCAUAGCUUCUGGGCAAUUCAGUGAAGAUAUGAUUCCCACGGUUGGUUUUAAUAUGAGAAAGAUUACAAAAGGAAACGUCACAAUAAAGCUGUGGGACAUUGGUGGACAACCAAGAUUCAGAACAAUGUGGGAAAGAUACUGCCGUGGAGUUAAUGCUAUUGUAUACAUGGUAGAUGCUGCAGAUCAUGAUAAGAUAGAACCCUCAAAGAAUGAGCUCCAUCACCUGCUAGACAAACCCCAGCUUCAGGGUAUUCCAGUAUUAGUGUUAGGUAACAAGAGGGACUUACCAGGGGCACUAGAUGAAAAGGAGUUAAUAGAAAGAAUGAAUUUAUCGGCCAUUCAGGACAGAGAAAUCUGUUGUUAUUCUAUAUCCUGUAAAGAAAAAGAAAAUAUUGAUAUUACAUUACAGUGGCUAAUACAGCACUCAAAAUCUGGACGAUAAGACAACAUGCAGAGUAGACAACAGUUUUUUCCUUUAUAAAAUACCAAUGCAUUAUGGACAACAAACAAAAGACUUGAUAGACUCAAAAAGUUUUCUGACAGAAAAAAAACAGGGUUACUGCCCUUUGCUUGUCGGUGAGCCUUCCAAACAGAUGAAGAUUCAAGUAAAACAGUUUUAUCGUGGGUAUUUAGCACAAACUAAGUUAAAGACAUUGAAUGUUGUGUAUUAUUUGAUACAAAACUAUUUGCGUGAUUGUUUACACUAUGUAUAUAUGUAUGGGCUGGAUGUAUUUUUUUUUGGUUGCUUUUUUUAAAUAAAUCAAUAAUGCAAAAUAUGUAUAUUAAGCUGUGUAUGGAGUAUGUAUGUUUUUGGAGUCUACAUGUAAGUGUAAAGGCAAAAGUAGAAAUGUUUUGAAAGUUAUUUUGAUAGGAAUGCAAGGGAACAUAAUACAGAAGGGAAAAACAACCUGUAUGCAGUAGCUUCAGCAUGUUUUUUUUUUUAAUUAUUGAUGUAUUGAGUCAGUUUGGUAGUUGAAUGCUUUGAUGCUUGUAUUGAAUUUCAUUUGAUCAUAAAUCAUAACAA